GGUUGGCGAGAUAACAGCUGAAAAUUAGUUGAAGCAAUCAGUUUCGGCUCGCGGUCCAGGAUCUCUUUAAAAAUUAUAACUAUUUGAUCCAACUGUACAAAUAAAUUAUCUUCCAGAGCCUUGGAUAACAUCUAACCUCUUAGCGUAUAUAAGAUUUUAAUAAACGUCCACUGUGCCAGGGACGUCUCGUAUGUAAACAAACGUACGUGCAUACUUAGCCUACAACAUGUCGGAAAGAGGUUCCACGAGGCACUUAGAAUUCUUCUAGGGACGAGAAAUAUUUCUCCAAAGUGGAGGAUUUUGAGUUGGAACGGAACGUUCCUAUUCAGUCUAAGGGAAUAAUUCUUGUCAAACUGGAUUGAAGCUAGGCUCUGUAUAUGUUGCAAUCGAUACUACUGUCGCCAUCGCAUUGAGGUCAUACCAGAAGGACAGACAAAUUACGGGAUGGGUUUCUCGGUGUACUCUCAACAAGGAUAACUGAUUUAGCAUGUGUUGAAACGCGAAUUAACCAUUUACUGUGUAAGGAGGAAACAAUUGGGCAAACUACAUUGUGAUCUUCAUGCCACCCUUAAGGAGGGUGAAAAGAAGAGCCUUCGGCAGAAAAGCUGCAACAGCCAGCACAACAAAAAGCCAAGAGGCUGUUUUCGUGUGCAAGUCCUACUCCCUGCAGCGUCCAACAGUCUUAAUGGGGGAAUCGGUGGACAAACUUCCAUUUUCGGUGGCAAACAUCUUGCAGGGCGAUUUAUCAAGGGGAGUUAGAAAAGCCGACCAAUCUUCUUGCAACGCCAGUAAGGCUUUGACUCUCGCUGAACGACUAGCAGACGUGAUAAUGGAUGCCAAGAACAAUACAGAAGGCGGGGGACCGAAACGUCGGCGAACUCGCACGGCGUUCACUCAGUAUCAACUGAAAACCUUGGAGAACGUGUUUUCACACACUCAUUACCCUGAUGUGGUGAUGCGGGAACAGCUAAACGAAUGGACCAGCUUGCCAGACUCUACAAUACAGAUCUGGUUUAAGAACAGGAGGGCAAAGUUCAGAAAGGAAAAAAGGACUCCUAUUCUCCCUGUAAAGAAAGAUUAUAGCAUCGACAACUCAGCAUCACCGCUGAGCCCGGCUUGCUGCUGUCCAGCUACUUCACCCAUAUUCUUAACCCAAGGUAACAAACCUACUACCAUGGAGCAAAUGCAAGGGAAGAGGAUGCUUGCUCUGCCGUCAAUUUCUAGGUUACCCUCAGUGACAUCUGCUUGGAAGCUCGUGUAGAAAU